AGUUUGAGAGCUCGCUUUACUUAUCCCAAGUCCAAAUUCACAUCUCUCUCCCUCCCUCCCUCCCCAAAUGGCCUCCAAUGGCAACUUCCCCGUUGUCACCGUGGUCAUCGUGUCCCUCCUUGCCUGCCUCGCGAACGCUCAGCUUUCUCCGAACUUCUACGGAAGAAGGUGUCCCAACGUUCAAGGCAUUGUUCACGACGCGAUGGCGCAAGCCGUUAGAAGAGAGCAGAGGAUGGGCGCCUCGAUACUCCGCAUGUUCUUCCAUGAUUGUUUCGUAAAUGGAUGUGAUGCAUCGGUUCUUUUGGAUGACACGGCCACCUUCACCGGAGAAAAGACUGCUCGGCCUAACCAAAACUCUCUUAGGGGAUUCGAAGUCAUCGACACCAUCAAGUCCCGCGUUGAAGCUGCUUGCAAUGCUACCGUUUCUUGUGCGGACAUCCUCGCGCUCGCUGCUCGAGACGGUGUCGUCUUGUUGGGAGGACCGUCGUGGACGGUGCCUCUAGGGCGGCGAGACGCAAGGACCGCCAGCCUGAGCGGUGCCAACAGCCAAAUCCCAUCACCUUUCUCCAGCCUCGCCUCCCUCAUCUCCUCCUUCGCCGCCCAAGGCCUCAACGCCCGUGACAUGACUGCCCUGUCUGGGGGCCACGCCAUUGGCCUGGCCCGGUGCGUCACCUUCCGGACCCGCAUCUACAACGAGACCAACAUUGACGCCAACUUCGCUACCACCCGGAGGACUAACUGCCCUGCCUCUGGAGGAGAUGCCAAACUCGCACCUCUCGACCAGACCCCGAACCAGUUCGACAACAACUACUACCAGAGCCUCGUGGCGCGGCGCGGGCUCCUCCAUUCAGACCAAGAGCUGUUCAACAGAGGAUCGCAGGAUGCGCUCGUCAGGACUUACAGCAAAAACUAUAGGGCUUUCGCAAGUGAUUUUGCGGCCGCUAUGGUGAAGAUGGGCAACAUCAGCCCGCUCACCGGAACGAAUGGAGAGAUCAGAAGGAACUGUAGGGUGGUGAACUAAUGUUGAAUGCCCCCCAAACAGAAUAAGAAUUAAGUAAGCUGGAUUUUGCUAAGUGUUAUAAAUGUUUGAUGCAUGUCUAUCUCCUCUGAAUAUUUCUUUUCCUGUUUUCAGUAAGAUUCUUGUUUGUGAAGGGCUUGGUCAAGAAGUUGACAAGUUGUAUUGCUUUCUUUCUGAAUAUAUAUAUGUAUCCAGACAUCAAAUCCAAGUGUUCU